AUGGCCAAGCUCAUCGUAUUGCAACACCAACAACCUCAACGCACGAACCAUGGCUCCGAAGAUUUCUUCGACUUCACCAAAGCCACACUCGACCAAUUCAACCAAAUCUUCAUUCCUGCAAGCUACAAGGUCAUCAAGAAGAAGUCCCCCUACAUUCGAGCAUACAACCCCUCGAACGUGAACCUCUCCCCCGCAGGCCUCCAACUCACCUGCUCAACUUCCACCGACGGAACCACAGUCCCCAGCGCGGGAAUCUUCACGCGCUCAAGAAAUUUCUUCUAUGGCUCCUAUCGAGCGGAAUAUCACAUUUCAAAAGAACCGGGAACCGUAGCGGGCUUCUUCCAUUACAAAAAUGAUACUUCAGAAAUCGACGUCGAAUACAUUAGUGCGAAUUCGGGAACAUCCUCUCCUCCUCCGGCUUUACAAUACUCGGUCAAACCACAACAAUACCUCUUCAAUGGCGCCGCGUCCAAGACCACCAUGGCUCUACAUUCCCUGAACAAAGCCAACACCAACGACGGCAAUCCUGGAGUCCCUUCAGAUUGGUCAUUCGUCUGGACUCCCGACGCGGUACAUUACGGCCCGCAGAACGCGAGUGUCAUCACCACCAACGUACCGCAAGCUCCGGGAAGAAUCAUGCUGAAUCAUUGGUCGGAUGGUGAUGCGAAAUUCUCAAAGGGACCGCCAGAAAGGGAUAGUGUUGUUACCGUCAAGUUUUUGCAGGCGGUUUACAAUGAUACUGAGGUUGGGGAGGCGCUUGUUUGUCAGACGAUGCAGACAGCUUGCUUGGUGGAGGAUGGGGUCGUUCGGGGACAGUUUGCGAGGGACGGAGGGGGUUGGGGGUUGUUGUCUUUGGGUUUGGUGGCAAGGUUUUUCUGGUCGAGGGGUUUGUGA